GCGUCUUCUCUCUCCAGUACAGCAGGAGGCGCUCUGCAGCUCUUUAGUCCGCCGAUAAACCCACUAAAGAAAAAUAGAAAGAGCUCGCGUGUGACGUGUUUUAGUAUCUUCAGUGUUUUUCUCUCUUGAGUGUUUUAUUGAGUGUAAACAGAGUCUUGUCUCGGUGUAUUUUAGUGUUGAUGAUAAGAUGGAUGUGAUGUGCUGUAAAUCAGGAACUGAUCAGGGCUUACAGGAUGAGGAAUCUACUGAUCAAACCUCCACAGAGUCUCUGGAUUCUGUCUGGAACGCUGGAGAACAGCAGCAGAUCCUGCAGACCAAACUCAAGAUGUGUUCAGUUAAACUCAUCGACUGCAGGAACCUCAUGAUGAAGAUCAAAACUGAACCUACAGAAAUAAAAACUGAAACCAAAGAAAUACAAACUGAACCUCCAGAAAUAAAAACGGAACCUACGGAAAUACAAACUGAACCUACAGAAAUACAAACUGAAACCACAGAAAUACAAACUGAACCUCCAGAAAUAAAAACGGAACCUACGGAAAUAAAAAUAGAAACUACACUAGAUGCUCAUGAUUUUAUUCUGUCAGAUGUGAAGAGUGAAUUAUGUUUGGAUGGAGAAAUAACGUCUUCGACUCUUUCCUGCUUCACCGGUGGAGAGACAUUGAGCCCACAGAGACAUUUAGAGAUACCACACACAGAACAGAAACUCUUCACCCUCACCAGAUCUGAGAUCAGCUUUAAUACCUUACAAGAGAAGAAACUUCAUUCAGAAGAACACAGAGAGAAGAAGAAGAGGCAGUUUCAUUGUCAGCAUUGUGGGAUUGUUUGUGUCUCUUUAUCUAGUCUGAUGAUUCACAUGAGGACACACAGUGGUGAAAAGCCUUUCCACUGCACUGAAUGUGGCAAAUAUUUCAGCAGAAAACAAACUCUUCGUGUUCAUAAGAGAAUUCACACAGGAGUAAAACCAUACAAGUGUCCUCAGUGUGAGAUGAGAUUCAACCAAAAAGCCCAUCUGAAGAAACAUGUGCUUUUACACACCAAUGAGAGACCGUAUCAGUGCAGUGAAUGUGACAAAGCCUUUAGGGAUUCAUGGUCAUUAAAAUUACACCAGAAUAUUCACUCUGAAGUGAAACUCUAUCAGUGUUCACACUGUAAUAAACGUUUUAGUCAUAAAUCUAAUCUGGUAGUCCAUGAGAGAAUUCACACUGGAGAGAAACCGUAUCACUGUAGUGUUUGUGGGAAGAGUUUUAAUGAAAGUGAAAGUUUAGUGAAACACCUGAGAACUCAUACAGGUGAAAGACCUUACAAAUGCUCUCAUUGUGAGAAGAUGUUUACUCAGUCAUCUUCCUUAAAAGCCCAUCAAAGGAGGCUUCAUACAGAAGAAAAAUCUCAUCAUUGAGUGUUUUGUGGGAUGAGUUUUGGGCAGCGUGAACAUUUAAUGAAUCACCAGAGAAUUCAUGCAGGUGAAAAAACCUUACAAAUGCUCUCAGAGUAAGAAGACGUUUGCUUAUUCAACUUUCUUAAAAGCCCAUCUGAGACGUCCUACAGGAGAGAAACCUCAUCACUGCUCGAUCUCUGGAAAGGGCUUCACUAAUCCAUCUAAAUUUAUUAUCAAUGAGAGGGUUCAUACUGGAGAGAAACCUUACGUCUGCUCAAUCUCUGGAGAGAGAUUCACUUUUUCUAGAAGUCUUCAGCAUCAUCAGAAGAAACAUACUGAAGAACAAACUACACUGAAAUCAUCAUUGGGACAGUUUCCCAGAUAGGGACAAGACUAGUCCUAGACUUAAAAUAAAUGUAAGAGCUGUACAAACUGAGAAAACAACUUGCAAUGACAUAUCAUUAAAAUACAUCAGUUCUCUUUGUUUGGCCUCAAAAUGCACACAAGUAAUGUUUUCUUUUUAGUAAGGAAUGUUUGUUAAAACUAGUUAUAUUUCCUAAUUAAACUAAGGCCUAGUCCUGGAUUAAGCUAAUCCCUGUCCAGGAAACUACCCCAUUGUGCCUACCCCAGUCUUUACACACAAGUUGUGUUUCUGGUUUCAUGUGUUAUAGUAGUGAUCAAUCUAAAGGUUUUUUUAGUGCUGUAACACAUUUUGAAUUUUGCCGAGUUUUUUUGUAUAAAAGUAAAUCAGGUUUAAAUGAUAGGAGUUCACACUUGUUACUUUUCUUCCGGUGCUAAUACUUUUGCUUUAUUGAGAAUUUGUAUUAUGCUCAUUAAAUUGUAAUAAAAUGUUCAUAUUGUUGAAGUUUGCACUAUUGAGUUGCUUUGAAAUAUUUCAUCCAGAAAUAAAGGACAAAACAUGUUUGCA